AUGGCUGUGUUCAAGAGUAUGCGACAGCAGCCAACCGCGGCCGCCAUGCUCACGAGCCUGGCAUAUUCUGGGGAUCGCGCCCGAGCGCUGUGGCUGCUGCACGCCAUAAAGAUCCAUCGGAUAUGCCUGAAUGCGGUGGUGUUCAAGAGCUUGCUGAUUGCUUGUGUUCAUAUUCGGGUGCUGCGGCUUGCGAUCGAGCAGUUUGUGUCGAUGAGCUUUGAUUUUGGGCUUGGGCCUGGAAAAGAGCAUUACAGGUGCGUUCUCAACAUUUUGGCGAGGGUGGGUCAGCUCGAGCUUGCGGAAGAUUUGAUCGCCAACAUGCCGUUUGAGGAUAACAUGGUGGAUUGGGAGGCAUUGCUUGCCGCGUGCGUUGUUCAUAACGAUCGGCAACGAGGGAAAAGACUUGCUGCGAAGUUUCGAGGAAGAACUACUGUUGCUCAUGUUUUGCUAGCGCAACACGGUUUUUACAGUCAACGUGAUCAGUGUUUGUCUGGUUUUGAUGUUGCUUGUGGAAAUUAUCGCCCAGUGACAAAAACAAGGAGACAAUAG